AUGAAAUUUGAUUUAAAAAAACCAAUUGAAGCGAAAUAUAAACAGAUUUGAGAGAUAAGUCAAUAUACUUUAUAAUACGACCACUCAUCGCAUACCAUUUUCAAUAUGAAAAAUGGCAAGAGGAUUUUGAAUAUUUUCAUGAUAGUUGUACCACUUUUACCAGCAUACGUCUGGGCGUGUGUGUGUAUCAUUCAUUUGGUAUACAAUUUUCUAUUUCAUAAUUACAAAAUAAAUACAUUUGGCAAUCAACAGCAUCAAUUAUACGAACUAUAGUUCGUAUACAAUACACGCACACUGUAUAUUGAGAUUGGCAUUUUUUUUUGUACGCACAGCGUAAUAAUAUCGCGUUACGAGUUUAUGAUCGAAAGUUGUUUUUGUUUUACUUUGCAUCAAAGUUUAGUAGCGUUUUAGCGCACGGAUUCAAUUGAAAAAAGUCGAACUCGAGGUAAAUUCGUUUUCUGCGCAUCAAUAAAUUCCCUGAAAAACAUACAAUUUCAAGUUCAAAACCACUGACGGAUUCAAAUCCGAAAGGAGGUUUGUUUUAUAUUUAUUUAAUAUGGAAGGAGAGGAUAGAGGUGAACACAGCCGUCGUCGAGUUCCAAUUUCAUCUCCUUAACACAGACUUCAGAGUAUUGAAUCAGUAACAGAUUUUUUCGCUGAUCGUAAUCUUGAAAUUUCUGGAUCACUUCGUCGGGAACGAUCCAGAAGUCCAACUGGUUUCGUGACACGACAGGAAUUUGAUUCAUUGAAGAAAGAAGUGUCGGCGUUGAGAACGGAUUUGUUGGGACUGUCACAAAAGGUCGACAGAUUGACCAAUCUUUUGGAAAACUAUCCUGGAAUUCAGCCAGGCCCCUCAAAGUGAGUUUCAUACUCUUUUUCACAGUUAUGAAAUGGAAGACGAUCAAUAAAUGUCACAAACAGAUGAACAAGCGGUGAAUGUUCGACGAUACGUUCACGCCCAAUUCGGUCUCUUCCCAAUGCCAAUCAGUCAUAGUGCCAAACAAAUACAAAUCUCACGCAUCAAAUCAAAAUUCAAGUUCUUGGGCAAAUUUAUGGCUGAUUUAAUCAUGGAUAGUCGAAUGUUGUUAUAUGAAGACAGUUCCCUUGGACUGGGUGAUUUAUCAUCGGUGGCACCAGAAGUUCAAGUCUCAUUGAAACGUUUGCAGAAUAUUAUUGAAAGUUUACAUUAUGAUGGCUGUCCAAUUGCCGAUUUGGGCUUGAAUUUCACACUUCCGGGUCAUGCAACCAUUGAACUCCGUCGAAGGUGUACAAACACAAUUUGAAGCACUCCGUGAAGGAUUUGAUUCGGUGAUCCAAUCACAACGAUUGCGUCUCUUCUAUCCCGAAGAAAUCGAAAAGGUGCUGUGCGGCUCAAAUUUUAACAACUAUCAUCGUUGGGAUGUGAAAAUGUUGCAAGAUUGUUGUCGUACCGACCAUGGAUUCACGUCCGAAUCGAAGGCCAUUUAGUAUUUGUAUGAAAUACUAACCAAGCACAUACAAUCACGAAGAACAACGUUUAUUCUUGCAAUUCAAAACACUCGAUCCAAAUGAGAAUCCAGAUGACUAUUUGCCAUCAGUCAAGCAAUGCGUAGCAAAUUCAAAACGGCAUGUGUUGAAGGUGCGUGAGUUUCCAUUUAUCUUAAAUUUAACCAGUUGCUAAAUACAAAGAAAACCAAUUCAGAUAGCCAAACCAGAACUUUAUUUAAUCGAAAAUGGUCAUUCGAUCAAGAAAGAAAUGUUCAUUCGAGAGAAUCAAUUAUAUCAAUAUGAUUCCUUGAAAAAACGUUUUGUGAAUUUGCCAUUUGUGAAGCAUUUUCCGUAUCAUCAAUGUGAGAAAAUCUAUCAAAAAUGAAUAUCAAAUAAAAUCAAAAUUGAAAGACAAAAUAUAAUAUACUAUACAUAAAUAUUGGAAUGAAAUGAAAAUAAUGAUCAUGAUAAAAUUACCUAAUCAAGUGAAGAGAAUGGAUUUGAAUGUUCAGUUUAGUAGUUAAGUGAAAACAUUGUAUUGCUAUUCUCCAAAAAUGAAAUGAAGAGAAAAUGUCACCGAAAUAAAUUCACAUCAAAUUAAUUAAAAUUAUCUAAAGAAAAUCCAACUUCAAACUGAUUCUGUUGUAAAGACAAAAAUAUUAUGAAAAUUUAUGAAGUUUUGAUUACAAAACAACCAUAAAGAAAUGAACAUUCAAGAAAUAAACCAAUAUCAUAUCAUAGCUUUACAUUCAUAGUAAUUGUCAAGAAAAAUCAUGAAACCCACAACAUACACGUUCACAUCAGAAAUAGCUUGAUUUGAAUGGAGUGAAAACUGUACGGCGGCAAUGCGAUAUUCUUUUCUCUAUACUACAUAGAUCAAGAUUUAAUUACAUACCCUCCCCCUAUUUGAACGUGUAAUGAAUACAUUUAUUUCAAACAUACAACUAUGGAACACAAAAAAACAAGCGAAAUCAAAUGCGAUAAUUAGAUGAUACAAACGAUUUAAAAUAAACAAUGAACAAAAAUAGAACAUAUUUAUCAUUUCUAGCAUAGUAAGAGUACAUUUUUGGGUAAGGAUAAUUGAAUGGAAAGCUAGCAAUAAAAUAUCAAACAAAUAUA